AUGGCUACUCUUUGCGAUUACGAUCUCCCGAAAGAGAAACGACCGGAGGGCUCUCGAAACUUCCCUCUCGUGUUUCCUUCUUAUGUCGACGUGCGUUCUGAUGUGAAUUCUCUGGGAGGAAGCUCUGCCAUUUGUACUUCGAAUCAUGGUCCUACAACGUCGGCUCACCCUGUGCCAGUUACGCGAGGAUUUCCUGCUUAUGGUAAAGCCAUCCCGUGGUUAGACGCCGAGUAUCCUUUUGAAAAGACCACGAUCACCGCCCAGUGUCCCGAGCCAGAGUCCGAUGGCCAGGAAUCGACCACCUCGAACACUCCCAAGGUAGUACUACCGCCGAAAACCGAGGAGCAGCAUGACUCUGGCAUACGCACUCCCGAUCGUGAUCGUCGCCGACAGAUGUUACAUUACUCCCCGGAACCUGGAGAUUCAUUCUACUAUCAACCUCAGGAGCGAGAAAUUCUCCGCGCGCCCCCUGGACUCGCCCAACAGCCCCAAGGCCGAGGAAUUCCUGGACCUCCCGGUCUUUACGAUUUAGUCCGAUCAUCUGGCUAUAAUGGCCACCAUGAUGCCGACUUUAAGCCUAGUGGCCGACAGAUUAUCACCGAUCCCCGACAGAUUCUAGUCAACAGCCCCACGUUCAACGCCCAAUACGCCCCGAUGCAAACCCGCCGUGAGCAGAAUCAGCAUGACUUCUGGCUCGAGGAAUCGCAGAUGGCUAGAAGCCGCAUGGGAACACCGAUGGAUCCUGACACACCGGUAUCACAGCCCUCUCGCCGAUCCCAACGCACAAGGAAGCUACAACGCAGACGUCAGAAUCUCGCCGAUCGGAUGGCUCGAGAGGAGGCUGCUAGAGGCUUUGAUUCGGAAGAUGACAACGAGUUCUACCCCCACGGUGACAAUUAGAUGAACCGAAGCAAGAGAGAUCUCGCCAAUUGUCUAAAGAGUUGGGUCUGUUGCUUUGUUUUCCACGAUUACGUUUGGCGGCUAUCACGAAUAUGGAACGGGGAUAUAUCUCUGAAGCUUGGCGUUCCUUCACCAACGGGUAAAGCUUGGACUGUACUCCUUCUACGAUGGUAGUACACUGGCUUCGAUCGCAAGUUCCAUGCGUCAUUGUAACAAUGGAAGUCCCGGUCCUUAGUGGGGGAAUUUUGUCACAGCUACGUGGAUCGUACUCAUAUCCUCUUCGCAUUUUGAGCUGGGCAAUUCGACAUUAAGGAUGUCCUCAAGGUUGACUUGAUGUAACGUACUACUCUGAGGUUGCUGUAUUUACCUCCAGAAUACGAAUGGUUUUCUAACUUCC